AUGGCUGGCUGGCUGCGUGCAAAGCUUCUCAAUUGGCUGGUGGCAAUCCCAAGUUCUCACGAAAGCGUCGGAAUCAGCGCCAAAGCCAUCGGAGCGCACAUGUCGAGCUCCUCCCCUCCGUCCACUCGUACACGUGCUCGUCCACCACGUGUACCAAUCGAUGGACAGGCAGUGAGUGUGUCAGUCCACCAUGUUGAUCCUUAUGUGUAUCGCUUUGCCUUGUUUGCUAAAGGCCAGUCAGUCGGUGGUCAGGUAAGUCCUUGGAUAAAGUGGUUGCUCGCGAGGUUCCGACGCUCUCGCCCGAUGCAAUUGGAACUCGUGCGAGUGAAUGGAAGCAAGGCAAGUUUCGACUCAGUGAUCCAAAGUGGAGACUUUAUCGACCACUUGAAGCACCGACAUGAACUAAAUGUCCAUUGUCCAGCUGGCGGAGAAGGCACGUAG